GUGCACCAUCCAGGAGCUAUUUACAACAGAUGAGAGGCGGAACAGACAAAAUGAGGGGAAACAUUCACAGUGACUGAAACUGGAGACGCCGAGUUUCGCUCCUCUUCAGCUCGAACCGCUCGUUUCUCAGAGAAUGAGCGUCCAAACAGUCGACGAGGCCGCGGCCGCGUCUCUCAGCUGCUCUGCACACAGUGUUGCUCCAGACGCGCGCGCGGCGGAGGAGCUGCUGUCUUCACAGAUGCUCUUUAAACAAGAGGCUGUAGAUGGAGACGAACCGGGAGCGAAUGGAGGCGGUGAGCUGCUGUUUGACGAGAAGCGCGCACCUGAGCGGCCUCUCCACGGCGGCUCGGCGCAGCACGUGGCAACUUUACGCACACAGCCUGUGGCGUUUGCGGGCAGGUUUUCCGUGGAGUCCAGAGGUGCGGGUGGUCCGUGGACGCCGGGCGACGUCAUCAACGUGGUCAGCGCUGACGUCGCCGCCGCGGCUCCGGCCGCAGAGUCCGCAUCGCCUUCACGCACCGCCGACAUUUACUCCGGAGAAGGCAACGAGGCGGACACGGGGGACGGAACGAUGGCGCACGGCCAGCCAGAGCUCAGCCACAUGUACCCCCACCCCCACGCGGCCCCCUCUUACUCCUGCAGCGGGGACGUGUACCAGGACCAGUCGGCGGGGGGGUACCCGUCUUACCACCCGCCUCCGUCCUACAACCCUGCGCCCAAACCGACAGAUGGCGCCGCGCUCCUCUCCAUCAUGCCUGAGUACGGGGGCUUCUACCAGCAGAGCUGCCAGAGGGACCUGCAGGCGGCCUUCCCCGAGAGGAAAGCGCUCCCGUACGCGCUGCCUCCGCCUCUCACACCGCUCCACACCAUCAGGAACUUUACGCUGGGGGCGCCCUCGGCGGCCAACGAGGGCCCCAUGGCCGCCGCCUUCCACGGCCACAACCUCCCGCUCAGACCCAUCGCGAGGCCCAGAAAGUAUCCGAACCGGCCGAGUAAGACGCCGGUCCACCAGAGGCCGUACCCGUGCCCCGCGGAGAGCUGCGACCGCAGGUUCUCCCGCUCAGACGAGCUGAGCAGACACCUGCGCAUCCACACCGGCCACAAGCCGUUCCAGUGCCGCAUCUGCAUGAGGAACUUCAGCCGCAGCGACCACCUCACCACGCACAUCCGCACGCACACCGGGGAGAAGCCCUUCUCCUGCGACCAGUGCGGGAGGAGGUUCGCGAGGAGCGACGAGAGGAGGCGGCACAUGAAGAUUCACCUGCGACAGAGAGACAAGAAGUCGUCUGCGUCCUGACGCGGCGCAGGCGCACGGCAUCAUCCGUCACGCGUCGCACGGUCGAGACCCGCCUGCGUUCAGUCCUGGUGCCCGUUUGCUCUCAGGGAUCCGGUUUCAGUCGGAGUGUGACCGAGCCGAACCGAGCCGGCCCGAACCUGCAGCCGCAGUCAGCGCUCCUCAGAGCCGCUCCUUCGGACUAAAGCUCACGUGCCCUGUUCCCCUGUUCAGAAGCAGCUUGGCAACGAGGACGUGACCUCGGCCUCCUCCAGGUCACAGCUCGGGCGCAGGAACACUUUUCUUAAGCUUCUUGUAUCAGACAACGGCCAGGAACCGGUGAAGGUCCACCGCUGAGCCGUGUCCGAGCGAAGGAAGCAGGGACACGUCUGAACGUGGAGUCACUGUUUGUAGCCUGACCACCGGUCACGUUCGCACCUGUUGUUACCUGUGAAGACCUGAAAUGUCUGUGGGUUUGAUCAUUUUAUGCAACAGGCACAGCUCUCGUCCGUCGAUGCCAAUAAAGGUUGACUCGUUCA